AUGAAGUAUCUAUUUAGUAUGCUUGCCGGCGCUGGGCUGGCUGCUGCUGCUCCCUUGCAAGCUCGCGCUAUUGACAGCUAUUUCUUCACAUUUGGCAAUUCCUACACCAUGACUAGUUUUGACAUCAACGGCACGCAGCCAACUGCUGGCAACCCGAUGGGAAACCCAGCACUAGGCACCGGAACAACCACUGGCGGCAUCAACUGGGUGGGAUACCUGACUACUGUGAACAAUGCCUCAACAGUCCUCAGCUAUAACCUCGCUGUUGGGGGAGCGUCCCUUGACAAUUCCCUCGUCGCUACCAAUACCAAGGAAGAUAUGGUAACGCAAGUCGCUAGCUUCGAGACAGCAUAUAGUAAAAAGCCCGAUACUGCACCAUGGACUUCGGAAAACGCAGUCUUUGGAUUUUGGAUUGGAAUCAAUGACAUUGGUUGGGCGUGGUCAAGCAACGACGCCGGUGUUCUGAUUCCAAAGAUAAUGGCCCAGUAUAAGGCUCAAGCUGAAAAGCUCUACGCAAAUGGUGGGCGCAAGUUCAUCUUCCUCAAUGUCCCUCCUACAAGUCGAUCUCCCCAGAUCGCCAACCAAGGAGCAACCUUUUCCGCUGGCCAUGCUAAGUGGCUCGCAGCUUUCAACGCAGCCCUUAGAGCAAUGGUCACUGAAUUCAUUGCAGACAACAGUGGCACUACAACCGUUCUCUACGAUACCUUCGCUUUCAUGAACAAAAUCCUCGACGACCCCACAGCAUAUGGAUUUACCGAUGCAAGUUGUAUCAAUGACGAUGGUUCUACCUGUGUUUGGUGGAAUGACUACCACCCAGGUUAUGCUUACCAUAAGCUCCAGGCUGCAGACAUGAAAGAGCACAUGCACUCCCUCGGUGCUUGGUAG